GCGGGAGGCGCAGCGCGUGGUGGGGGAGGGCACUCGCUGCUGACUGCGCUGCUUUAGAACCAUGAAGACGCUCAUUGCUGCCUACUCGGGCGUCUUGCGAGGCACUGGGUCAAACAUCCUCUCUGCCCUUCAGGAUGUAUUCUGGUUCUCAAAGUCCAAGUUUGAGAAACAGCUCCAGAUUAUUUCCGUGCUGCAGUGGGUUCUGUCUUUCCUUGUCCUGGGUGUUACUUGCUCUAUCAUACUUGUAUACAUCCUCUGCACAGACUGCUGGGCAAUUGCAGCACUGUAUGUGGCAUGGCUGGUGUUCGACUGGGAUACUCCAAUGAAGGGUGGAAGAAGAUCCCCGUGGGUCAGAAACUGGGCCAUGUGGCAGUACUUCAGAGAUUAUUUUCCAAUACGGCUGGUGAAGACCCACAACCUGCCGACCAAUCGGAAUUACAUAUUUGGCUACCACCCACAUGGCAUCAUGGGCUUUGGCGCGUUCUGCAACUUUGGCACGGAAGCCACCGGGGUCAGCCAGAAGUUUCCUGGCAUUAGACCGUAUCUUGCUACGUUGGCUGGGAACUUCCGGAUACCAAUUUUGAGGGACUACUUGAUGUCUGGUGGUAUUUGCCCUGUGAACCGUCACUCCAUAGAUUUCAUCCUAUCCAAGAAUGGCACUGGCAACGCCGUGAUCAUUGUGGUGGGGGGAGCAGCAGAGUCCCUGAACUGCACGCCUGGGAAGAACUUGGUGAUUCUGAAAAAUCGGAAAGGAUUUGUAAAGCUGGCUCUGCAGCAUGGGGCAGAUCUAGUUCCCGUGUACUCAUUUGGCGAGAACGAGGUGUACAAGCAGGUGAUCUUCGAGGAGGGCUGCUGGGGCAGAUGGGUCCAGAAGAAGUUUCAGAAGUACAUUGGCUUUGCUCCGUGCGUCUUUCAUGGUCGUGGCCUCUUCUCUUCCAACACCUGGGGUUUGAUCCCUUACCCUAACCCCAUCACCACAGUUGUUGGGGAGCCAAUCACCAUUCCGAAAACAGCUCAUCCCACCCAGAGGGAAAUCGACCUUUAUCACAGCAUGUACGUGAGCUCGCUGAGUAAGCUCUUUGACAAGUACAAGGCUAAGUUCGGCCUGCCAGAGACGGAGGUCUUGGAAGUCAACUGAAAGGGCAACAUUUGAUUGGCUUGGUGGGUGCUCCCCCCUGGAAUUGGCCCCACAGACAUUUUCUCCAGGACUCCAGAUGUCUGCUCGAUAAAUCUGAAAGUGCGCGUGGGUGCAGAUGGCAGUGUUGGUUUUAAAGGAAAGCAACUGUUAAUCUCCAGAUAUUAGACGGUUUUUAAAAUAAACCUUGCUUCAGAUGCAUCCCUUAAUACAUUACUCUUGCUAUCAAAAAAACCCUCUCUCCUGUUUCCCAUGUCCCCAGAAGUUGGGAUUGGGGUGGGAGGGGAAUGUGUUGGCUUCAUGUAUACUGUUCUCAUACUCUGACAGCCAGUGAUAGCAUGGGGAGUACUAUGAGUCUACAUCGCCCCAGCAGUGGCACAGAUUGUGCUGGGAUGGUAGGGCCCAUUUUGCAGCCAAAAAAAAAAA